GGCAUGGCAAGAGAGCAUCUCCCUGAAGGAACUGCAGCGGAGAGGUGUCUGUCUGCUCAAGCUCCAAGUCACCAGCCAGAGAACUGGCCUCUACGGGCGGCUCCUCGUGACAUUCCAGCCCAGGAAAUGGGAUUCGGAUGCUGAGCUGCCCUCCAACAGUUUUGGGCCUGGGGACAUCGUGGGGCUCUAUGAUUCAGCUGGGCAAGGUGACCCACUGUGCACGGGUGUCGUGACACGUGUCACCUCCAAAGCAGUGACAGUGGCCUUGGAGGAGUCCCGUGAGGGCACACUGAGUGUGGACCGGGAGUGCUCCUUCCGCCUGCUCAAGCUGGCCAAUGAUGUCACCUACAACAGGCUGAAAAGAGCUUUAACUGCCCUUAAGCAGUACCGUGGUGGUCCAGCCUCCGACCUGAUUGAUGUCCUCUUCUUUGCCUCUGCUCCAAGUGCAUUCAGUGAAACAAAGCCUCUGAAAUUUUUCAAUGCCUCUCUGGACACAUCACAGAGAGAAGCUGUCUCCUUCUCCCUGGCUCAGAGGGAACUCGCCAUCAUCCACGGACCACCUGGCACAGGGAAGACCACGACCCUGGUAGAGAUCAUCCUGCAAGCUGUCCACCAAGGUCUGAAGGUGCUGUGUUGUGCCCCUUCCAAUGUGGCGGUGGAUAACCUGGUGGAACGUCUGGCUGGCUCCAAGGUCCACAUCCUGCGGCUGGGACACCCUGCUCGCCUCCUUGAGCCCAUCCAGCAGCAUUCCCUGGAUGCAGUCCUGGCCCAUGGGGACAAUGCCCAGAUAGUGGCAGAUAUCAGGAAGGACAUCGACCAGGCCUGGGCAAAAACCAAAAAGGCCCAAGACAAGGGAGAGCGAAGCCAUUUUCUCAGUGAGAUUAAGACACUGAGGAAGGAGCUGAAGGAGCGAGAAGAAGCUGCCAUGGCUGCAGCCCUGACCCAUGCCAGCAUUGUCCUUGCCACCAAUACAGGUGCUUCCUCUGAUGGCCCUCUGAAGCUGCUGCCUGAAAACCACUUCGAUGUGGUGGUGAUUGAUGAGUGUGCUCAGGCCCUGGAAGCCAGUUGCUGGAUUCCUCUGCUGAAGGCUCCCAAGUGCAUCCUGGCUGGGGAUCACAAGCAGCUGCCUCCCACCAUCAUCUCCCACAAGGCUGCGGCCGCGGGGCUGUCGCUGAGCCUGAUGGAGCGGCUGGCGGGGCACUACGGGGCGCAGGAAAAAAACCGCAUGCACCAGGCCAUCAUGGAGUGGGCAUCCAUGGAGCUGUACGGCGGCCACCUCACUGCUCACCCCUCUGUGGCACAACACCUUCUCAGGGACCUGCCAGGAGUCAUCUCUACAGAAGAGACCACCAUUCCCUUGUUGCUUAUAGACACUGCUGGCUGUGGCCUGUUUGAGCUGGAAGUGGAGGAAGAACAGUCCAAGGGGAAUCCAGGAGAGGUGCAGCUGGCUGGGCUGCAUGUCCAGGCCUUGAUGGAUGCUGGAGUGAAGGCAAAGGACAUUGCUGUGGUGGCCCCCUACAACCUUCAGGUGGACAUGCUACGAGAGCACCUUUGCCACAGCCACCCUGAGCUAGAAAUUAAAUCAGUUGAUGGUUUCCAAGGAAGAGAGAAAGAGGCAGUGAUCCUGUCCUUUGUGAGAUCCAACAAGAAAGGUGAGGUGGGUUUCCUGGCUGAGGAACGUCGGAUCAACGUGGCGGUGACACGUGCCCGGCGCCCCGUAGCCAUCAUCUGCGACAGCCACACUGUGGGCAGCCAACCCUUCCUGCGGCGGCUGCUGGAGCACCUCACCCAGCACGGCCAGGUGCGCUCGGCCUUCGAGUACCUGGAUGACCUUGUGCCUGAAAACUACUCAGGCCAGGGGCAAGGUGAACGUCAGCACAGCCCAAAGCCUCGUGUGGCAUCCAACCCCAAACCACAGCCAGCUCCAGGCAAGAAGCACAAGGCUGGAGCAGCAAGCCAGAAACCUGGAGCGCGUUCCUCUCCGAGCACCACCAGACCUAGGAGAGAGGAGACAAAGGAUGUUGCUGACAGGUUCAGGGCCAUGCUGGCAGCCUUCCUGGCGAGCAGUGAGGUGCAGCUGGAUUUCCCCCCAUCCCUAAGUUCUCACGACCGGAUGGUGGUUCACCAGCUGGCGGAGGAGCAGGGGCUGCAGCACCUGAGCACCGGGGAGGGCCGGGACAGGUACCUCAGCGUUCGGAAGAGAGAGCCCACCGAGCCCUCACUGCCCACAGCUGUCCCCCACACUGAGCAGCCUCUUCCUCAGCCUCUUCCUCAGCCCCUUGCUCAGCCCCUUCCUCAGCCUCAGCAUCCCAGCAGAAACACCCCUGUCCCUGCGGAGCUGGGAGAAAGCAGUGAGGGCUCGGGGAAAGUGGACCUGAAAUCCCUGCACCUGGAGAGAGUCCAGAGGGAGAAAGCCAGGCGGGAAGAGACAUUGAGGAAGGUGCAGGAGCCCAGCGCUGGCAGCAGGAAAAAGGACAAAAGUGAAGCCAAAGGAAAGCCAGUGGUCAAGAGUGAAGCAGAGGAAGAUUUUGAUGCUCUGAUCUCUGCUGCCAUCAAAGCUGACAGGACCUGUGGCUUUCCCCACUGCAAAGCCACUGUCACAACCCUGGGACAGCUCUGCCACCACUGCAACCGGUGCUACUGCCUCAGCCACCACAUCCCUGAGGUCCAUGGCUGUGGGGAGAAGGCCAAGGCUCAUGCUCGGCAGCGGAUCAGCAGGGAAGGGAUCCUGUAUCCCGGGAGUGGCUCCAAGGACAAAUCCCUGGAUCCUGCCAAACGAGCCCACCUCCAGCGGCGCCUGGACAAGAAGCUCAGUGAGAUGACAAGCCAGAGGAAGGGCAAAAAGAAAGACAAGGAAAAAUGA